AUGGGUUUAUUGGCACAAAAUCUUCCAGAAGAUUAUCUUGAAAUUCAUAACGAUGCACGUGCAAGUGUUGGAGUUGGUGAGUUAAAGUGGGAGAUAAACCUAGAAGUAGAUGCUCGCAAUUUCGUGUAUAAACACAGAGGAGAUUGCUUGAAGGAAGGACCCGGGGCGCAUUUUAGCGUGGGUCAGAACAAUGCACGCAAAUUGGGAUCCCUAAACUUCAGUGGAGUCGACGCUGUGAGAACGUGGGUGGCACAGAAGAAACAUUACGCCUACAGAUCCAACUGUUGUGUUAGUGGUGAAUGUCGUGCCUAUAAACAGGUUGUUUGGAAGACCACUACUCAUGUAGGUUGUGCUAGAAUCAUUUGUCACAAUGAUGUGGGCGUUCUUAUUACUUGUGUUUAUGAGCCUCCGGGGAACAUUCCAGCCAUUCGUCCCUAUUAA